CCCGGAGGCCUAGGCCUUGGGAUUGCAGGCUUGCUCCGAUGUGUUCCGUAGGGGCAUGCUAGCAGCUCCAUCAUCAAUGUCGAGUUGGAUCUGAUGGCGGGACGUGACCUCAGACCCUCGACCGGAUCGGGGAGUGGUGGCUGCCCCGCCAGUGCGUCGAGCGGCCAAGUCCGGUCCAGCCCAACUCUCUCCACCUUUCAAUUGACGCGCUCCUCGCGUCGAGGCCAUUCCUUCUCCUAUAAAGCCUAUACACCUCCUUCACCCGCCGGAAAGCAAUCCCACUCUCGUUCAUUCUACUGCCAUGUUUAUUCCCCGCUCAAAAUCCACACCCCAUGUGAAUGGCGGAGCCAUCAACGGCCCUCAUACUCGGGAACAGCAGCGGCCGUCUCGUCCUCAUCUGCCCCGCAGCAAAAGUGUCCUUGCACACCACGACCUGACAUCCCCCAUCGUGCGCUCGCCGUCUGGGGAACGCGAAGAUCCAUUCAGUCUGUUCAACUUCUUCCCUUCUUCCCUCGGUCUGGGGGAACGCGACGACGGAUGGAAAUGGCUGCAGGAUGAUGCCAUCCGAGCUGAGCGCUCUCCUACUCGCUCGGGCUACUCUACGCCGUUCGCAGAGGAAGACGAAUGGCUCCCUACCACACCGCCAGAUGGAGAGCUGUACGCACAGCCACUAGACGAAGAGUUGGCCGAGGAGGCUAUCCAGCGCGAGGAUAAGUUUGGAAUCCUGACCUUCGGUGACUUCCUAGCCUCGCGGCGUGCCGGCAACAAGUACUCGGACGACCAAUUGAUGUCGCCGUAUUCGGAGUACGACCUCACUGAUGACGAGGCGCUCUAUCACGCGUUGUCUGCGCUGCGUGCGUCGCGGGGGCUGGCGAUGGAACGCGAGGGUGCAGAUCAGUUGAGCGUGCGGUCAGACGAGCUGUUUGCCGCUGGGGCCACGGAGGGCAUCCUGGAGGGACUGACGGCCGGACACUCGCUGUUGCUGGGUGCGAUGGAUUUGUUUGACAGGCGUUUCUAGUCGCUGUGGAUGUCAUAACAUAUGGGAUGCUGUUUGCCAGUGAA